AUGUCGACGAUCACCGAGAUCACCAGUCUCCCCGACUGGGAGAAGCACAUCGCCUCCACGCCGCCCUCCACCCUCCACAUCAUCUCCUUCCACGCCCCCUGGGCCGCCCCCUGCGCGCAGAUGGCCACCGUCCUCUCGACCCUCGCCUCAGAAUACCCCGUCACCAGCCCGCCAGAGACCUCCUGGGUGUCCGUCAACGCCGAGGAGCUCAGCGAGAUCAGCGAGACCUACAACGUCACCGCCGUGCCCUUCCUCGUCCUCCUGCGCAACGGCCAGGUCCUCGAGACCGUCAGCGGCAGCAGCGCCGUCAAAGUGCGCAACGCGAUCGAGACACACGCCAAGAAGCCCUCCGCCGGCGCCGGCGGCGCGGCGGCCGUCAACGGCAACACCGGUGUCGAGAAUGGGCCCAGCGCGAUGCAGGUCGACGAGGCUGUGGACCCGGCCAAGGCCAAGGAGGAGCUGUUCAAGAGGCUGGCAGACCUCGUCAAGGCGGCGCCGGUGAUGCUCUUCAUGAAGGGCACGCCGAGCUCGCCCCAGUGCGGCUUCUCCAGGCAGCUCGUCGCGAUCCUGCGUGAGCACUCCGUCAAGUACGGCUUCUUCAACAUCCUGGCGGACGACGAGGUACGACAGGGACUGAAGGAGUUCGCGGACUGGCCUACCUACCCCCAGCUUUGGAUGGACGGUGAGCUGGUCGGCGGGUUGGAUAUUGUCAAGGAAGAGAUUGCCAACAGCCCCGACUUCUUGGGCCCUUACAGCAUCAAGAGUAACGAGACUGCCGCAUAG